AUGGAUGCCGCUGAGGGCUUGGAACAGCUUUUCGCAGCGCAUUCGGCCGUGCCUGCGUUAGCCGUGUUGCAGCUACUACGGAAGGACUUGAGCCAGCAGCAAGCUCAAAUUCUGUUUAAGAACCACCAGCAUUGUCUUCAGAUGGGAACAUGUAGUUUUGGACAAGUGUCCCCUUGCUAUAAGCGGCAGGCUCGGCCCAGUUGGAGACCUGGUGAUCGGGCAGCUCACCCCGAACGCCAGACACAUCACUAUACAGCGAUCACCGCACUGCCGCACUGUGGCACGGCCGCAGCGCCUUUAGAGUAUCGUUGCGCGCUAGGAAUGUUGUCUGGCCAGCCCCGCUGGCCAGGGUGUGAUUUGUGUGUCGCUGACGCUUCAGUUUGCCCUCGGGGUGGUUGUCAAGCGGACGCUGUCAUCAAUGCGGCGUUCAGUCGUGUAGUGCUGUGUGUCAGCUUUCUUGGCCGUGCCGGUGUGGUCGCGCUGGACAGCGCUUCGUGCGCUUUGGCUGUGCCGUGUAUCGCUACACCGCACUUCGGUGCACACGCGGCCCUGGCGCUCCGAGAGCAGCAGUAUGCAGUAGUGUAAAAAAAGGCCCUCG